AUGUAUCAAGCUAAAAGCGAUCAAAUCGCAUACACAAAAACAAAUCAUCGUUUACCCCAAUCCGAGAACGUAGUCGCGGAUGCUUUAUCACGCGUUGAAGAAAUACAUCCACCAUUGAAUUAUCAGACAUUAGCCAACGAACAAAACACCGACAACGAACUACAGGAGUUACUAACAUCUGGUUCCACUCUAAAAUUAGUGAAGAUGAGAACCCCAGAUUCAGACCUCCACGUUUACUGCGAUGUCUCCACUUCAAGUCCACGUCCGUAUAUCACCCCAGCAUUCCGUAAACAAGUGUUCGACUCUCUGCACAACCUGAGCCAUGCAGGCACAAAGGCCACUGUCAAAUUGGUAACGCAGAGGUUCGUGUGGCCAGGUAUUAAGAGGGACUGCAGAAAAUGGGUGAAAACAUGUCAACAAUGCCAACGGUCGAAGGUUACAAGACACACUACAGCACCAUUAGCUUCAUUCCAGCCACCGUCUGCACGCUUCCGGCACAUUCAUCUAGAUUUAAUCGGCCCGCUACCCUUAUGUUCCGGGUAUAGGUACUGCCUUACGAUUGUCGACCGUUUCACUCGUUGGCCUGAGGCGUACCCUCUGCAAGAUAUAUCAGCAGAUACCUGCGCGACCGCCCUCAUUCAAGGCUGGAUAUCAAGGUUUGGCUGUCCAGAAGAUAUCACCACCGACAGAGGCAGUCAGUUCCUAUCACAUACAUUUAAGGAACUUGCCACGCUCAUCAGUGCGAAUCACCACACUACCACCUCGUAUCACCCAGCAGCAAAUGGCCUUGUAGAAAGGAUGCAUCGACAGCUGAAGUCAGCAAUCACCUGUCACGCAUCACCUAACUGGGUUGAGAUUUUACCCUGGGUCCUUCUGGGUAUACGUAGCUCAUGGAAGGAAGAUCUUCAAACAUCGGCAGCAGAACUUGUCUACGGCGAACCACUCCGCUUACCUGGACAAUUCUUUUCAUCAGACCCUGGAGAUGUAACGGACAUGACAACAAUUACCGGAAGACUUCGCGCUCACGUCAGUAGACUGAAACCUAUGCCAACCUCUUGGCAUGGAAUUGCAAGUAGACCAUUCUACGUACCAAAAGACCUUGCAAAAGCCUCCCAUGUCUUUGUUCGUCACGGUCCUGUUAAAAGACCUCUACAAGCACCUUAUGCAGGUCCAUACAAAGUACUGCACCGUAGCCAGAAGACCUUUGACAUAGACAUCCAGGGUAAAACACAAAGGAUAUCAAUAGAUCGUUUGAAGCCAGCCUACGUUAUCAAAGAGACCCCACAACCAACUUCUUAUCUAGGUCCAACAGGAGACCAAAACGUCGUCCAAAAAACCAGGAGCGGCCGGGUGAACCUUGACACCCUUGCACCAGGUGAUUGUACUUUUUGUCCCGCCACCGAUUCUUCCAAGCCACCCCCUGAUAUCACCAUGAAACCUGGAAGUUGUCCCACAGGAGUGUGGACCAAUAUCCGUCAUCCAACUUUGUGCAACUCAUUCUACUAUUGUAACGGAAAUAAAUCUGUGCAGUUCUUCUGUGUUGAUGGGUACGAAUACGAUCCGUCAAGGGGCUGUGUAGAGAUCGCUGAAGGAGGCUGCACGCUCCAAUCUACUAUUACCACAGAAGCUGUUACGGUAAAGCUAUACCUGUCAAUAUGUGCAGUAGACCCAAAUGGUAACAUACCCCACCCAGAAAUGUGCAACUCAUUCUACAAUUGCACAGGAGGCCAGGCCACUCAGCUCAACUGUACAGACGGUUUUGAAUUCGACCCUAAUGUGAACUCGUGCGUGCCAAUCGCCGAAGGAGGAUGUACCAUGAGUAAAGCGACAACACCUAGAGGAGAAACUACUGCACAGCAUGUACCAACUACUGCUGCGCCUGAGACUACUGAACAAGAAGUAGUAACUACUGCUGCGCCUGAGACUACUGAACAAGAAGUAGUAACUACUGCUGCGCCUGAGACUACUGAACAAGAAGUAGUAACUACUGCCGCGCCUGAGACUACUACACAGAAUGUAACAACUACUGCCGCGCCUAUGACUACUGAACAAGAAGUAACAACUACUGUCGCGCCUAUGACUACUGAACAAGAAGUAACAACUACUGUCGCGCCUACGAUGACGACUUUAGCUCCUACAACAGCGUCAGAUGACAUUCCCGAUGUCGGCACUACGACCAAAGCCCUUGAUGAUACAACCACGGCAGCGGUUGACACUACUAACGAGGCUCCCAUCUGUGCUCCAGACGUAUGUGGAGUCGUACCUCACCCGGACAGAUGCGACACUUUCUACUUGUGCUCCGCUGGCAACGCUUUGCCAUUUACUUGCAGCAAGGAGCUCGAAUUUGACCCUGAGACCAAGUCGUGCGUGCCAAUCGCCGAAGGAGGAUGUACACUGAGUAAAGCGACAACGCCUGCGGGCGAAUAUACGGUACAGGAAGUAACGACUACUGCCGCGCCCACGACCACGACUUUAGCUCCUACAACAGCGUCAGAUGACAUUCCCGAUGACGACACUACGACCAGAGCCCUUGAUGAUACGACCACGGCAGCGGUUGACACUACUAACGAGGACAUCUGUGCUCCAGGCGAGUAUGGCAACAUACCUCACCCAGAUAGAUGCGACGCGUACUACUUCUGCUUCGCCGGCAACGCCUUUCUGUUUACUUGCACCGAGGAGCUCGAAUUUGACCCUAAAACCAAGUCGUGCGUGCCAAUCGCCAAAGGAGGAUGUACAUGUACACUGAGUAAAGAAACAGCACCUGGAUGCGACUGUACGGUAAAUGAUAAAACAACCACUGUCGCGCCUAAAACUACUGAACAAAAAGUAACAACUACUGCCGCGCCUAAGACUACUGUAAAGGAUAUAACAACCACUGUCGCGCCUAAGACGACGACUUUAGCUCCUACAACAGCGUCAGAUGACAUUCCCGAUGACGGCACUACGACCAAAGCAUUUGUCGGCACGACCACGGUAUCGGUUGAUACUACCACGGAGGAUCCGAUCUGUCCUCCAAGCGUAUUUGGCUACGUACCUCACCCGGACAGAUGCGACGCGUACUACUUGUGCUCCGGCGGCAAAGCCCAUCUGUUUAAUUGCAGUGGAGAGCUUGAAUUUGACCCAGGAACCGAGUCGUGCGUGCUAAUCGCCAAAGGAGGAUGUACACUGAGUAAAGGAUGUGAUUGGAGACCUGGAAAAACUACGGUAAAGGAUCAAACAACUACUGCCGCGCCUGAGACUACUGCACAGGAUGUAACAACUACUGCCGCGCCUGAGACUACUGCACAGGAUGUAACAACUACUGCCGCGCCUGAGACUACUGCACAGGAUGUAACAACUACUGUCGCGCCUGAGACUACUGCACAGGAUGUAACAACUACUGCCGCGCCUGAGACUACUGUACAGGAUGUAACAAUUACUGUCGCGCCUAAGACGACGACUUUAGCUCCUACAACAGCGUCAGAUGACAUUCUCGAUGACGGCACUACGACCAAAGCAUUAAUUGACACUACCACACAGGCGCUCAUCUGUGCUCCAGGCGUGUUUGGCAACGUACCUCACCCAGACAGAUGCGACGCGCACUACUUGUGCACCGAUGGCAAUGCUGUACUAACUACUUGCGACGAGGGACUCGAAUAUAACCCUGAAUCCAGGACAUGCAUACCAAUCGCCAAAGGAGGAUGUACCAUGAGUAAAGGCGAUAGACCUGAAGGAGAAACUACAGUAAAUGUAAAGGAUGUAACCACUACUGCUGCACCUAAGACUACUGUAAAGGAUGUAACCACUACUGCUGCACCUAAGACUACUGUACAGGAUGUACCCAUACCUGCUGCACCUAAGACUACUGUACAGGAUGUACCCAUACCUGCUGCACCUAAGACUACUGUACAGGAUGUAACCACUACUGCUGCAUCUAAGACUACUGUACAGGAUGUAACCACUACUGCUGCACCUAAGACUACUGUACAGGAUGUAACCACUACUGCUGCACCUAAGACUACUGUACAGGAUGUAACCACUACUGCUGCACCUAAGACUACUGUACAGGAUGUAACCACUACUGCCGCGCCUGAGACUACUGUACAGGAUGUCACAACUACUGCUGCACCUAAGAGUACUUCACGGCGUCGGCGGCGUCCAAAAGUAAUCACGGGAUCCAUCUAUGGGAAUACAGAUGGUAAUAUGAUAAUUAAAUUAUAA